AGCCGUAUUAUGUUCUUAAUUUAAAUUUACAAGAUAAGAUGUUAACUGGACUCUAAACCAACAGAGUAUGAAGAUUAACAACAAAGAGGAAAAAGCACUCAUCACUCUAGGAGUUCUUGCAACUUUUGGAUUUACGGUGCUGUGUUUCAACAACUUUGAUGUUCACCACACACUUGGGACUAUAAAAGAGUACGGAGUUCCAGGACUCCUCUUCUCUGGAAUGGUAGCCUUCUGCCUGUCUCACGUGCAGUUCCUGAUGUACCAACACAAGCAGUUUAAGGACUACCCUGGUCCACCUCGAGAGAGCUUUCUCGAGGGCAACUAUGGCCAGAUGAGGGAGGCUCAGGCUCAAAAUAAGCUGUUUGACAUGUUGAGGGAUUGGAUUAUUGAGUAUGGAGACACGAUAGUGUUUUGGAGGAAUGCCAGCCCCAAGUUCUUCACGGCGGAUCCAGAUAUUAUCAGAUCAAUGCUAACGGAGAUAACGAUAUUCACAAAAGUAGACGCUAUCCCUAACCGCACCCUUUUUGGGCAGCGCAUCACCGGGACCAACAGUUUCCUUACUGUCACUGAUGGAAGUAACUGGGCGAUGAAGCGUAAAGUGAUGUCUCCCUACUUCACGAAGAUCCACUUGACGGACAUGUUUGAGAGGUGUCAUGAGUACAUAGAGCGGGGUCUACAGGCCCAGAUGAGCGAGAUUAAGAUGGGGGAGACGGAGGUGGAUUUAGUGUGGUAUUAUGGAGAACUCUUUCAGUUCUUUUUAGGAGCUCUGGGACUGGACCUGGACUGCGAGUUUGUCUCGAAAAAUGCCAAGUUCCACAACAAAACGAUCCAACUUCUCCUCAGCUGGAUCCCACAACAGUUUGGAGGACUCACCAAGUUACUUCAAAUGAGGGUAAACCCGGAGGUGAACGAGGCACUGUCACAUCUGAUAAAACUAAGAAACGUCUGUCGGUACAUAUUGAGCGAGAAGAUGAAAGAGUACAACAAGGACGGACCCAAGCCAGACGAUAUCAUACACCACGUAAUAACAGCAAACCAGAGGAACUACUCCCCAACAGGGACAGCUGGAGAGGACAGGGUUAUGUACAUGAUGGAUGAUGUCAUGACCAUAUUCCUGGUCAUCGACAACAUGGCCAAAACAUUAGCUACAUUGUUCGUGCGGUUAAUACGAGAUGAGCGGAUAUACAAGAAAGUUUGCGAUGAAGUGCGGAGUGCGGACUUGACUUCUCUACAGACCAUGGAUAAAUCGUUGAAGUACACGGAAAUGGUAAUUCUAGAAAUCCUGAGACUACACCCAACUCUAAUGAGAGGGAUCAGGCAAACCCUGAAACCAACUAACUUAGCUAACGGCAUGCACUUGCCGAAGAAGACUCUCAUUUUUUUCGGACAGCUAGUCUUACACAAGCAUCCCAAAUAUUGGAAAGACCCUUUGGAGUUCCGACCAGAGAGGUGGGAGUCAGGGUCGAAGGAUAUCACUCCCUUUCACAUACCUGCCCUUUGUAGCUGGGCCCCGGGUCUGUAUGGGAAAACACCUGGCCAUGAUGACCAUGAAGAUGAGUAUUAUACACACCCUUCGUGACCACGACAUGCGCCCAGUCCCCGGUACUGAGAAGGAUAUGGACUGGGAUUACAGGUUCACGAUUGUAAAGCCUACAAAAGGACACAAGGUGAUUAUUUCCAGAGCAGAGCCCCGGCAGGAGGCCACAGAGUCGUGAGAAUUUCGGGGAGUUGUUGUGAAGUGAUGCUAUCACAUUCCAGUGACCAUUUCAUGUAGCGAGACUGGUAUGUUUUAUCUGCAAGACUGAUUUUUUACUUAAAUUCUUAUCAUAUAAUAUAUAAUAUUAUGAAUCUUGCUUGAAAAUACGUUCUUGUUAUGUGGGACGAUUCAAUGUAUCAUUUAUUUGUGUUGAUUGUUUAGAUGGGUUUAUACUUGAAUU